CUAUCCCCUUCAACUUCUUCCUACUUAUAUACUAAGGCAAGCAAGGAAAAUUUGUAUAGUCUAAAAGGCCAUAUAUAACAUUAUCAGUUAUUCUAGCUGAUUUGCCAAAUUCCACAGGAAAAUGUAUCCUCACAUAAAUGAAUCUGAAUCUGAGACAUAUGCAGCUCAUAGUCAUAGCCAUCCCCCUCCAGGCUAUGUUCUACAAGCUGUGCAUCCAAGUUAUUAUGGCCCUCCACAACCUUAUGUAUCUCCAUAUAUUAGCAACAGUACCCGGGUUCCUGUCAGGACACAGAGGUGGUCAACCGGUCUUUGCCGCUGUCUCGAUGAUCCCGGAAACUGUUUGGUCACUUGCUUCUGCCCUUGCAUUACGUUUGGGAUGAUAGCAGAGAUAGUAGAUAAAGGCACUUCAACUUGCACAUGUGGUGGAACUAUUUAUGGGACACUUCUGGCUCUGACUGGGCUUGCAUGCUUGUAUUCAUGCUCUUACCGCUCCAAAUUGAGAGCAGAAUAUGACUUGCCAGAAGCACCUUGUAUGGAUUGUUUGGUUCAUUUCUGCUGUGAAACUUGUGCUCUGUGCCAGGAAUAUAGAGAGCUCAAAAACCGUGGAUUUGACAUGAGCAUAGGGUGGGAAGCCAACAUGGAAAGACAAAGGCAAGGAGUAACAGUAGCACCAAUAACACCAGCUAUGACAAGAUGAAAGAUCAAACCUCUUUGUCACUACCCCCAGGAGCUGUUGAUGUUGUUUCAACUUUGUUAGCUACUUGUUUGAGUUCUUAUUUUUUUUGUUAACAAGGAGGACCUUUGUCAAAAAAUUCUCAAAUUUUAGUGAUCUUCUAGCUGAUCAAGAAAAUUUAUUUGGCCUCAAAGGUUUGCCUUGGACAUAUUUAAUAGGACAACAUUGAGUUGAAUUACUUCUCAUAGACAAUAUGUGUAUGGCUAGAGAGGAGGGGGCAUUGCAAGCAUAUCAAUAUCAGCAAGAUGAUAUUUGCAGUUUA